AUGGCACCACAGAACGAAAAGAGCUCUCUUAAACGCAGUAGGGUUAGCACGGACCAUGAUUCACAAGAUCUGAAAAAGCAGCGGCGCUCCCAGAGUACCACAACCCAAGGUCAAUCCCAAACUACGCCAGUGAAUCAGUCCUAUUUACCUACGCCUCUAACCCAACAAAAUUCAACCACGACGGACAUUACGAAAGAAGUCACGGCUUCACCUGGUAAUUCCAGCCAGGUGCGCUGUCAAACGCCGCUCAAUUCAGAUUCCCUCCAAACAUGCUCGUCUUCUCCUGGCGAUACGCAGGCUCAAUCACAAUUUGUAUACCCCCCCAGAGCAUUUGCCGACGAAGUCGAGGAUGAGGCCGCUGAGGGGGUAUGGGGCUACCUCAUCCCGCUUGAUGAAAAGGUUCGGAGGCCCCUUGUUCUGAGAAAACGAGAUAGUUGUGAAGGCCCUGCGGAUGCGAAAUCCAAAGGCAAGACUGGGAAGGCGACUCGACGGCAAGGUAAAUCAUCGGAGGACAAACAAGGGAAGAGCCAUUCUCCCGGCGGUUACUUAAUUGGUCGCCAUCCGGAAUGUGACUUGGUGAUUAACGUCCCCACUAUAUCUAAUCGACAUUUCUUGAUAUUCCCAGAAAACAGAAAAGGUGGAUCGGUUGCGAUAAUGGAGGAUCUGUCCAGCAAUGGUACUUUUAUUAAUGACGCAAUCGUUGGGCGUAACAAGCAUCGUGAACUUGAAGACGGGGAUGAAGUCACUAUCUUGGAUGAGGCACGGUUUGUUUUCAGGUACCCUCGCACGAGGGAAACAAGCGGGUUCCGCCAGCAAUACAGACUUCUUCAACAACUUGGGAAAGGUCACUUUGCAACUGUCUACCUCUGUGCGGAACGGUCUACAGGAGCGCAAUACGCCGUUAAAGUUUUUGAGAAACGUCCCGGAGAUUCUCAAAAGUCCCAAGUGGACGCUUUACAGCAAGAAAUAGGUCUGUUGAUGGGUGUUAGCCACCCAAAUUUACUAUGCCUUAGAGACACAUUCGACGAGAGUGAUGGUGUAUAUCUCGUUCUGGAACUUGCUCCAGAAGGGGAACUCUUCAACUUGAUCGUUAGCAAGCAUAAGUUUUCGGAGACAGAAACACGCCAUAUAUUCGUUCAACUUUUCGAAGGGUUAAAGUAUCUGCAUGAUCGUGGAAUCGUCCAUCGGGACAUAAAACCUGAAAAUAUCCUUGUUGCAGACAAGGAUCUAACUGUGAAGCUAGGUGAUUUUGGCCUUGCGAAGAUUAUUGGGGAAGACUCAUUUACAACAACUCUAUGCGGAACGCCGAGCUAUGUGGCACCAGAGAUACUACAAGAUACCCGCCGCCGCCGAUACACGAAAGCUGUGGACAUCUGGUCCCUUGGCGUUGUUCUCUACAUAUGCCUUUGUGGAUUUCCUCCUUUCUCCGAUGAGCUUUAUACUGCCGAGAGCCCGUACACUUUAGCGCAGCAGAUCAAAAUGGGUCGCUUCGAUUAUCCAUCACCCUACUGGGAUUCUGUGGGCGAUCCGGCUCUAGAUCUCAUAGACAAAAUGCUCACCGUUGAUGUCGACAAGAGAAUUACAGUGGACGAAUGCCUAGAACAUCCAUGGCUUACUGGGAAAUACCCUAGUGUUUCUGACAGCACCGAUGGGCUAACUGGAGCUUUGGGAAAACUGGACUUCUCGAAACGAAAAAUCGCACGGGAACGCACACUCCUUAGCAGUGUCAAUCAUGUUAAUUUCAGUGAGCACAUGGAGGAAGGCGCUAUUCCGAUUAAAGUUUUCCACAAAAAUAACGCCGGAAAACGUGUGCACAAUCGGCCUGCCAAAGCUCAGAAACGUGAGGUGUCACCUGACGACAAUAGUGCCCCUAAUGAUUUUGUCAACCUUGGGGAGCGUGGAGAUCCGGUGUUGUUCAAAGAAUAUCCCGCCAGCCUUGUGUGUGAGCGCUGCUCAAAUUCAUCGCUAUGGAUGCUCACCGGUGUGGCAUUGCUAUCCAUGCUCAUUGUGUCUGUGAUUAUUAAUGUCUUGCGGCAACUUCUCGUCAAAAAUUCUAAUGAACCCCCCUUGGUCUUUCAUUGGUUCCCUUUUAUUGGAAGUACCAUCAGCUAUGGCAUGGAUCCAUACAGAUUUUUCUUUAAGUGCCGAGAAAAGUAUGGCGAUAUCUUCACUUUUGUCCUCCUCGGUAAGAAGACAACCGUCUAUCUGGGCACCAAGGGCAACGAUUUCAUUUUGAAUGGCAAACUUCGAGAUGUUUGCGCCGAAGAGGUUUAUUCCCCACUUACAACUCCUGUGUUUGGGCGUCAUGUGGUAUACGACUGCCCAAAUGCUAAACUUAUGGAGCAGAAGAAGUUUGUGAAAUUUGGACUUACAUCAGAUGCACUCCGUUCGUACGUUCGUUUGAUUACAGAGGAAGUGGAAGACUUCGUACAGAAGUCCUCGGCAUUCCAGGGCCCCAAAGGCGUUUUCGAUGUCUGCAAAACAAUUGCUGAGAUUACCAUAUACACCGCCUCACGUUCGCUUCAAGGAAAAGAGGUUCGAAGCAGAUUUGACUCUACUUUUGCUGAACUGUACCAUGAUCUCGACAUGGGUUUUGCCCCCAUAAAUUUCAUGUUACCAUGGGCCCCUCUACCCCAUAACCGCAAGCGUGAUGCCGCCCAGAAAAGGAUGACUGAAACAUAUAUGGAGAUUAUAAAGGAACGCCGUAAGGCUGGCAGCAAAAAGGAUUCGGAAGACAUGGUUUGGAAUCUCAUGUCCUGCGUGUACAAAGAUGGGACACCUGUCCCCGACGAAGAAAUUGCCCACAUGAUGAUCGCCUUACUCAUGGCCGGCCAGCACUCUUCGUCAUCUACUGCCGCUUGGAUUGUCCUGCAUCUUGCAGCAUCCCCUGAAAUAACAGAAGAGCUCUAUCAGGAACAACUCCGCAUCCUUGGACGCGACAUGCCUCCACUCACUUAUGAGAACCUACAGAAAUUAGACUUGCACGCCAAAGUCAUCAAAGAAACUCUUCGCAUACAUGCACCAAUCCACUCCAUCAUUCGAGCUGUGAAGAAUCCGAUGCCAGUGGAGGGUACCCCCUACGUGAUCCCGACCUCACACAAUGUCCUUUCCUCUCCUGGCGUCACUGCAAGAUCAGAAGAACAUUUUCCUGAUCCGCUUGAGUGGAACCCCCACCGCUGGGAUGAGGCCAUCGCUGCUAGCUCUGAAGAUGAGGAAAAGGUUGACUAUGGCUACGGCUUGGUUACUAAAGGAACCAACAGCCCGUAUCUUCCAUUCGGCGCCGGGCGACAUAGAUGCAUUGGCGAACAGUUCGCUUACGUGCAGCUCGGUGCGAUCACAGCGGCUCUAGUGAGGUUAUUCAAGUUCAGCAACCUUCCAGGUGUUCAAACCCUUCCAGACACUGACUACUCAUCAUUAUUUUCCAAGCCUUUGGGCAACUCAGUGAUACAAUUUGAGAAGCGCGAGCCCGUCACCAAGACGUAG